AUGUUCUCACGUGUACAAUUUCGUAGAACAUUUAAAAAACAAGAAGAUCAAGAUACUGAUCCAUUUCUAUUAACCAAAAAUGUAACACUUCAGAGAAAUACAGAUAUUCGCACGUAUUAUAAUGUCGGAGUUUAUUUGGGCAGUGGAAAAUUUGGUGAAGUGAAACGAUGUCAAGAAAAAAAGACUGGAAGAGAAUUUGCUGCAAAAUUUGUUCCAAUUGCUAGUGAAGAAGAUAUGAAUAGUGUAUUAAAUGAAAUUGCUGUUAUGAAUAAAUUAAGACAUCCAAGAUUAAUUCAAUUAUAUGAUGCAUAUCAAAUUGAUGAAGAAGUUACACUUGUUCUUGAAUUGAUUACAGGGGGUGAAUUAUUUGAACGAAUUAUUGAUGAAUCAUUUAAUUUAAAUGAAUCUAGAUGUAUAAAAUUUAUGCAUGAAAUACUUCAAGGUGUUGAAUAUAUGCAUUCACAAAAUGUGAUACAUCUUGAUUUAAAGCCUGAAAAUAUAUUGUGUUUAUCAGCGACCAGUUUUAAAACAAAAAUUAUUGAUUUUGGAUUAGCUAGAUUUUAUCAAGAUCAAAAUUUAUGCGUUCUGUUUGGUACACCAGAAUUUGUCUCACCUGAAGUAAUCUCAUAUGAACCAGUCUCACCUGCAGCUGAUAUGUGGUCACUUGGUGUAAUAUGUUAUGUAAUGCUUUCUGGAUUGUCCCCAUUUAUGGGUGAAAGUCAAGGAGAAACAUUAGCUAAUAUUAUACGAGUGAAAUACAAUUUUGAUUAUACAGAAUUUGCAGAAAUUUCAAAUGAUGCAAUGGAUUUUAUUCGGAAACUUUUAGUGAAAGAUCCAAGAAAACGAAUGACAGCCACUGAAUGUUUACAACAUCAAUGGUUAAAGCAAAAGAAAAAAACACCAUCACGUUCUGGAACAGUUAGUAAAAAACGUCUGAAACAUUUUGUUUAUCGACGUAAAUGGCAAAAAGCAGUAAAUGCGAUUAUAGCAUUACAACGUAUGGGUGUUGUACUACAACACUCGCCUAUAAUGCAUUCAAGACACCCAAGUUUGUCUAUACAUGGUAUAAAUAGAUCAUUUGAAAAUGAAACUAAACGACCUAAACUUCCAGUCACUGGACAUAAACUAUUAUCAAGUAGCCCAACACCACCCCCAACAGUUAGUAAAGAAAGUUCACCAAAACUAAUGAAGAAACCUUCAGGUAUAUUUAGAAAAACCAGUUUCUUUGGUAAAACACGAAAAGAUGACACCACUACUAAUAGUACUAGUAAUAAUGGAACUAAAACUAAAAAUAAAGCUAAUGAAAACUUAUCAGAUCCGUCAACAUCGCAUAAAAAUAAAUUAGACCUAUCACUUAAAUUAAAACGUAAAGAGAGUGGUAAAGGUUUUGUUUUGCAACGGCAUAAAAAUAGUCAACAGUCAAUAUCAUCAGAUAGUCCGUCAAUUAUACCUAAAAUUAGUAUAACAAGUGAACCAAAUUCCAGAUCCUCAAGUAAAUCGGAAACAGUUGUAACCAUCCCCAAACAACAAAAGGACACUUCUACUUCGUCAUCAUCUAUAUUUAAAAUUCAGAAAAAAAAUAGUGCAUCAAAAAUAAUACAAUCAAAUGUGAAACAAUCAAAUCCUUUCAUUGUAAAAGAUAAAAAAUCCUCCACAUCAACAUCACCGUUACCACCAAUCUCAACCUCUAAUCCUCCACUAACAAAAUCAAUAGAGAAUACAACCAAUGAAAAAGAGAAAUUAUCAAUUGGUAAAACAAAAACAACAUUGAACACAACUGAUACUACUAACAAUCUUAUUAGUAGUCAUAGUAAAACAACAGACACAACAACUGUUAAUACACAUCAUAAUUUUCAUAAAGUUCCAACAAAAUCAAAAAAUGCAACAUCCAUUACAAAAUCAGAUAUUGCCCUAAAAAUUAAUUUCUUUUCAAAUUUAUCUAAAGAAGGAAAAGUUAAGUGAUCAUUGUACAGUGAUUCUAUUCUCUACUUUUGCAUGUUUGAUUUAUCUAUUUGUAAAUUCUUCUUCUUCGGGGUUUUAUGAAAUAUAUUGUUGUGUUGUUCUUUCCAUUUCAUCUCCAUUUGUCCAUGUUUUGUAUGUAUGUAUGUAUGUGUGUGUGUAAGUAGUUAGGUAGGUAACAAGAGUUCAAAUUUACUUACUUCAAUAAAGGAAUUAUUUCAUAUUUCAAUAAUGAAACCAUACAAAAUAGGUUUUGUUAUAAAAAAAUACGAUAAACUUAAUAAUAAACGAAUAAAAAAAUAAUAAAAAAUUUUCUACAUAUCAGUUUAAUCAUCCUAAAUGAUUGAUAUUUAUAAUAAAAA